AUGGCGGCUCUUUGUGAGGCAAGCGAUGUGUCAGAGUUUAUAAAGCCUCUGGCAUCAUUUAAAAGUGCUGUGUGGAAGCAUUUCCUUCUGUCGAGAGACAAAACAAAGGCAGCACAUUUGAAGAGACGCCACGCGAGUGAAGAUGUUCAAAUUCACAAGAGGGCAAAACUGGAUCCUCAAACUUCCAAAUCGUCGUUGAAGAAUUCUGCUGGUGAGAAUAUCAUGAACAUGUUUCGUCGUAAAGAGAAACUGCCUCCUAAUAGUGAACGAUCUAAGGCUAUCACUAAGGCUCUUGCUCAGUUUAUUGUCAAAGAUCUCCAGCCAUUUUCAAUCGUUGAGAGUGAAGGGUUUGUGAAUUUAGUUAAAACUCUGGAGCCGAGGUACAAACUUCCAAACAGAAAAACUUUAUCAAAGAAAAUAAUUCCAGAAAUGUAUGAGGAGACAAAGCAAGAAGUCAUAGAUAAACUCAGUCAGGCAGAAGCAGUUUCGUUGACCACUGAUGGUUGGACAAGAAUAAUCGAGGAGUCACACACAGGGGUAAACAUUGGUAAAGUGCUGAAAGAUGCAUUGGAAGAGUGGGGUCUACAGCAUAAACAGACUGACCUUGUCACAGAUAAUGCUGCCAAUACAGGGAUAGCGGCGGAGGUGGCAGACAUGAAACACAUAUCCUGCUUUGCUCAUACUUUGAAUUUGGCCACCCAAAAAGGACUCAAGUUACCCAGACCUGCCAUAUAUGCCACUCUCAUUGCAACUAAGGAAAUCAAGAGAAAGGAAACAGAUAUCAAUACACUCAGCGAGACAGACAUCCAAAACUUAGAAGGAGCAACUGAAGUCCUUUGUGAGGAGAAGUUUCCAACACUGUCCAUCGUUGCCCCAAUGCUCCAUUUGAUAAAGACUCAGAUGUUCAUCAAAGAUGAAGAUCCACCUUUUGUGAAAGAGGUCAAGACAGCCCUUUUUGCAGAUCUCAACAAGAGGUAUACAAAACCAGAAGUGUUGCAAAUUCUACAUACUGCAUCAGCAGUAGAUCCAAGAUUCAAGUCCCUGCCCUUCUUGAAGGAUGAUGAAAAGGCUUCUGUCUUAACAGAUCUAUCAACAUCUGUAGCUGAGUACUGGGAUAGCAAUUGUCCACUGACAAAGGUGAAGCAGGAACCUGAACCAACACAGCACCAAUGGACCCACCCCUGCCCAAUUUGA